UUUAAAGAAGUUUGCUUGUAUCUUUUCCUUUUGAAACUGAUAUUAACUUAAAGUAUUUCUCUGUGGUACUCCUUUGGUUUUCUCUUUCAAUGUUGCAUCUGCUCGUUGGUAACAGGCCACAGCCUCCUACUUGUCAUGUAUUGCCUGUCUACAACUUUUCAUAAAAUGUCUUGUUUACCUUUCCAAACUUCCACCUCGAUUUCCUGUUACACCUAUCCUUGUAGACAUGUCGGACUAGCUGCUUAACCUUUAUGUUCCUCUGUGAUAAAUCAGAAACAAAAUGACAGCCCAAAUAAGCUGGUUAGAGAAUAUAGACUGUGUUAUCACAUACAACUCUUACCUUGAUUCCGAUUUAUUUGUACGCUCCCAUACUUUUACACUUCUCCUUGCAAUAGAGAUAAAGUAAUAUUUUUUAUGUAAUUAUUUUUUGCCCAAUGUAUAAAUACCUGCGUAUACUAAUUAAGCAAAUGAUUUAUGCAGAUAUUAUAGAUGAACUCAUUAGCAGUGGCAAAGAGAUAGAAGCUGUUUAUUUUGCUUCAGAAUCAGGUUUAACUGAAAGAUUUCCUCCGAUCAACCUACUCAAGUCCUAUCACCGGAACUACAAAAAGAAUGUUACUACCAUGUCGAAAAAGGGAAACAGCAAUCAUGCUACAACGGAUGAUUCAAGCACUUCAGAGUUGAAUUCCAUUAAGGCUAUAAUAAAAUGUGUAGAAGAUCACAAGCUUGAAUCAGAAUUUAACCUUCAUCAUUUGAGGAAGCGAGCUACCCUUCUUGAGAAAGCUAAGGCAGAAAGGAAAAAGAGUUCAACAUCAGGAACUAAACCUCAGAACAAACGAGGCAAUCGAGGCAAUGGAUCCAGUUCUUCCCGUCCAACCAAAUCAGCCAAAUUUAGUAAUGCACACUCGUCAUCUUUCGGCCGCAGGAACCUAGCACCUUCUGUGCAACCCAGUCCCGGUGCAAGAUUUUCUGGUCCAUUCAACUACCCCAGCCAGACCGUAUUCGAUGGUUCAACGGCUAAUCCUUACGUGGCAACCUAUGGAACUACCCACACGCAAAGUCCAGCUGGAAUAACACAACAGCACUACUCUAUUCCUGUGGACAAUUUGGGUCCAUCUGGUUACCGGUCUAGUGGUUCUUAUUCAGGACAGGCUACCUAUGGCAUAUACGAUUACAGAAAUGGUGCUCCCCUAACAUAUCCACCUCCAUACACAGUAGAUCAACCUACUUACAGGGGCUAGGUUUAAAAUUUCCCCCCUUUCCAAUCUUUCUCUGCCCGUGACUCAUUUUUAUGCUACUUUCAUGUAUUUUAUUUCUGGUUUUGCCCAUGUCAAAAUUGGAAAUGAAACAAGAUCCUGGGAAGGUUUUAUUCAAAUACAUAGUAUAUGGUGCCAAGGCAAAGUUCCUUCUUUUUCUUC